UACCGUCGUGUAUUCAGCACGUGGUAGUUUUGUUGUUUAGAUUUUAGAUUUUCAUUUUUUGAUUUUAUUGCAUUUAAAAACAUUUAAUUACAAUGGGAAAAACGAAAAAAAAUAAAAUACGACCAGCCAAAGUCAAUCCCAUUGGUAUACCGAGCCUACGAGAUCUUGAAAAUGAAGACGAAUUCAAUAUGGAAAAUAGCAAUCCCAUCGAAGCAAUUCGUGACCAAUUACAAUGUUCCAAUGUUGAGGAAAAGAUCAACGGACUGCAAGCAUUGGCUGUACUCUCAUCGAAUAAAAAUAAAGUUGUCAACAUCUGUUCGAGUGAUGUUAUUCGAAUUGCAGCCCCAUUGUUAGUUGAACCAAACAAUGCUGUACGAAAUGCUUGUGCAGGAGCUCUGCGUAAUCUUUCAGUUUGUGGAGUAGAAGUUUGUGAGAAUCUUGUCGACCAAGAUGUCCUCACGCCAUUGCUGGUUCUUCUAAAUGAGUAUGCAAAAGAAGCCAAUUGGGUUCCAGAAUUUGAUGAGAAACUCACAGGUCAACUUGGUUUGAAAUCAGAUAUAUUCCUUCAGUCUGUAAAUCUUCUGUGGAAUCUCUGUGAGAGCACAUCUGUUGCACUUGAGAACUUCAACCAAUCACACAUCUUGGAGAGUUUCAUUCGUUGUUUGGACUACAAAGUGUUUGGAUUCGAUAUCGCAAUUUCUGUUGCCCAAUGUUUGUUGGUUAUAUCCGAGGAAAAUCCAAAUUCCUGGAAUGUUUUUAACAAUCAUGUUCCAGAGUUUAUUUGUCUGCUUAACAUUGAAGGUGAUCAUUCGCAUACGUUUUUAAGAACUCUCGCUGCAGGAAUUUUGUCAAACGUUCCUGCACUGGCAGCUGCAUAUGUAAAUAAAAUAUUCCCAGCUCUCUCGGCUACUUUCGAUGUUAACCAUAGAACUGUUCUUGGUGACAUCACAAGUACUCUACCUUUGCAACAGCAACCAAAUCAAACUGAACUCGAAGUGAAAAUGGAUGUUGUCGAUGUUGGUGAAGAAACAGACGAAGCCGCAUCUUUGAGGAGAAGAAAACAAGAUUUACCUACAGAUAUUGAAAUUCAAGUAAAAAACGUUGGAUAUCUGCUAGAAGCCCAAAAAGUAGCUGCAGAGAUUAUUACAAAUCAAUGUGCAACUGACGAUGAUGAGUGGAUUGAUAAUGAUGCCGAUGAUGCAUCGGACAAUGAAAGCGUUCACGACUAUGAUAGCAAUAGUAAAGCCAAUAGCACGACAAACCUUCAAAAUACCGACAAACUUCCCGUCGAAGUUUUAGAAGCCAUCAAAUCAUUUGGAUUUGUAGAAAAACUUUGGCAUAAAGCAAAACCAAUACAAGAUAAUGUUAGUCAAAUUUUACGCGAGACUAGUUACACACUCUUGAAUAAAGUAAAAAGUCUGCGAGUAUCAUGCCUUUUGUGUUUACAAAAUCUUUGCAAUUCAAUGAGUACCGAAGAUCUUGGUGGCCCAACUGCAAUCUAUGCCGUUUGGUUGGAUUUGGGACAACAGGUGUUCCAAGGACCACAAGAUCUCAUUCUCUUAGAGCCAUCGACCUCAUUGAUGCGCGCGUCAUUGGAGCAUUUAAAAAAAAGCCCAGAACUCUUUGCCCAAAUGUCAGAGAAUGAUUUAGAAUUAAUGUUAAAUGGAGUGAAUAAGUGUACGAUGCCAGAAAUUCGCGCCAAUUGGUUACGAAUGUUGGGUACUUUGGGUUGCUUGCUUUCUGAACGUCUAGUCAAAGUGAUUAUUGAAUUUAUUUUAGACACAUGUUCAAAGGAACAAGAUGUUUGGACUAUAUCUGAAUCAAUAGAUGCUCUAAUGGACAUGUUUUCUGACAACGACUGGAACCAAAUUGUAGUUGAAUUAAAUUUCCAUGAACGCAUUAAGGCUUUAGAAAAAGUUUUCAAAUCAAAGAUUCGUCAGCAGAAGAGAGAAUUAAAUGAAAGAUACCCAGCUGUUCUUACAGUACGCACAAAUCUAAGUCGUUUUGUUAAGUAUGUCGAAAGUGAAUUGAAAAAAUUCUCCAGUACGAAUGGAACAUAAAAAAAAACAUCGACAAGAAGAAAAACUGAUUUCCUGACAAAACUAUGCAUGUGUAAUCAAAUCGACAUAAUAUUUAAUUUGUAUCCUAUCGAGAAAGUUGGCCUUAGAAAAGCCAAACGAAAUGAAAUGUUAAAAAUAUUUACCUAUUUUUUUAUAGCUUAAAAAUGAAUUGUAUAUCAAUUUACAAUAAUUUAUAGAAUUAAAGUUUAAAUUUUGA